AUGGGACUUAUCAAUGAAAGCUUCUGUGUUCUCUGCAAUUCAGAACUGGAAAUAAGGGAGCACAUGUUUCUUACUUGUCCCACGGUUGUCAUCAUCUGGGAUUCUAUUUUCUCUCUAUCUGGUUUGCAUUUUGUUGCUCGUUCUUGGGAAACAUUUGAAGUGUGGGCUUGCUCAUCAUGGAAAGGCAAAUCCUUGCUAACAAUGGUAAUGAAGAUUGUUCUCAAUGCUCUCAUCUACAUAAUCUGGGAUGAAAGAAACAAAAGGGUGUUCCAAGGUCGUUCCCGGUCUGUUGAAGAAAUCUUUAAGGCUAUAAAGGAUAUUAUCAUUUUUGUUUUGAACCCUCUUGUAUUUUGUAGCAGAUUCUGCUAUUUGGAUAAUAAAAGCUGA